AUGGGGAAGAAAAGCAAGACACAGUCGAAGGAUGUCGCCCAGUCCAGCAAGACAGAUGCCUCUUUACCUUUCCUCAGCGGAAGUGCCUCCAUUGACCCAACUCUGGCCUCACUGUUCGAGCAAAGUGCUGGCCCAGUGAAAACUCCUGUUCAGACAUUCAUUCCUCAAAGCAAGGAUGAGGGAGAAGACGAAGAAAACGACGAAGAAUUGUCCGAGUUAGAGGAGGACUCUGCCAUCGAGGAUGAUGAGGAUAUGCAAGAUGCCCCGGAAGACGCCAGUGAGCUCGACAGUACGCCGGUUCUGGAGACCCAGGCAGCUUCAAGCAAAAAGCGCAAGAGGGUUGCUGCGGAGGAAGUGGAGGAAACUUACAUGCGACGGAUAGCAAAGGAGGAGCAGAAGGAGGAGGAAAAGCGUCGUGCGGAGAAGGCGAAGAGACAAAAGGUGGAGGAAGAAAAGGAUGCCGAGAAAUCUGCGGAUGAGUCCGCGGAUGAUGACGAGGAGAGCUCGGAGGAUGAGGAAGAAAUUACCGUUCCCAAACAUGAGAGUCAAGGCGGCGACAAGGCAUCUACGGAACUCGAGAAGAGCAACCGUACCGUGUUCCUCGGCAAUGUCUCGAACGAGGCCAUCAAGUCCAAAUCGGGGAAGAAGACUCUGUUGAAACACCUGGCUUCGUUCCUCUCCACACUGCCAGAAUCUACAGGGCCUCACAAAGUGGAGUCGAUCCGUUUCCGCUCUGUGGCUUUUGCCAGUGGUGGAAAGGUGCCAAAACGAGCGGAUUUCGCUAGACGUGAUGUUUUGGAUGAUACUACGCCAAGCACGAAUGCGUAUGCCGUGUAUAGUACGAUCCAGGCGGCGCGCAAAGCUCCUGCUGCUUUGAAUGGUACAGUCGUGCUCGACCGCCAUCUCCGUGUCGACAGCAUUGCGCAUCCGUCCCCGGUCGACAACAAACGAUGCGUGUUCGUCGGCAAUCUGGACUUCGUGGACAACGAAACCAACCCAGACGACGACGAGAAGAAGAAAAAGAAGAGAUCAGUUCCUGCAGAUGUCGAAGAAGGCCUCUGGCGCACCUUCAAUGUUCAAACGAAGGGAUCCAAGGACAAGAGCUCAUCCAGGGGUAAUGUCGAAUCUGUUCGGGUGGUCCGUGAUCCUAUCACGCGUGUGGGAAAGGGAUUUGCCUAUGUCCAGUUUUACGAUGCCAACUGUGUAGAGCAGGCGCUUCUACUCGACGGCAAGAAGUUCCCACCCAUGCUGCCUCGCAAACUUCGUGUCACGCGGGCGAAGAAGAUCUCCAAGAAGCGUGACGGCCCUGAGACUUCUGCUAGAGACCGAAAACUCGGAGAAGCGUUCACGACUCUCCAAGGUCGCGCGGGCAAGCUGUUUGGCAAGGCUGGUGCGUCCCAGUUCAAGGCUGGAGAAAGAAGGUCGGUUGCCCAGAACUCGGUGGUCUUCGAAGGCCAUCGGGCCACCGAAGGGAGCGCAUCACGCAUCAAAGUGAAGACCAAGAGCCGUGGCUCCAAGGGCAAACCCAAGAAUCGGAGUGCCAAGCGAGCUGCGGCCUACCAGGCUGCUGGAGGACGUAAAGGAAAGAUUGCGGCGAAUGCAGCGAAAUAG